AUUUUUUAUCCAUCCUGUUUUCAUCUCAUUUCAAUACAGGUGUAAUGCUGUAAUUUUUAUUUAAAUAAAUGAAAGGACUUCAGAUUGCAAUAAGUGAUAUAAAAACAUAUGGAGUGAUAUCUUUAUCUUCAAAUGUUGAUAAAACUUCUUGUGGAAUUAGUGAUCUUCAACAGACUCAAAAUCUACAAUUUCCUUCUGUUAAAAAAAUUUAUGUCUGUGAUAUAUGUGGUAGAUCCUUUAGUCAAAAAAGUACUUUAAAAGAACAUUACAAGCUUCAUACGGGAGAGCGUCCAUUUGUAUGCCCAACAUGUAAAAAAUGUUUCACACAAAGAGGAACUUUGAAGACUCAUAUGAGAAUCCAUACAGGAGAACGUCCAUAUAGUUGUAAUCUCUGUGGCAAAAGAUUUAUUACAAGUUCAAACCUUUAUGCUCAUUAUAGAAAACAUAAAUGAUAAGUUAAUAACUUUUUACAUGGGAAUCGAGAUUUUUUUUUUUUUUUUUAUUUAGAGUAGUGUCUAUAUUUCAAGACUAGAUAAUAAGAUAUUUUUUUCCUAAUAUUAUUGUUUCUUGCUUCAAGGCUAUACGAAAAGUAGAU